AUGGCGAAGUCUGACUUCCCAAGGUCUGCAUCUCUUGGGAAGCUUCAUGCACAUGAAAAAUAUAGUAUCAAAGUGUCCCGAGUAGUUCGCCUUUAUCGAAGUCCAAGUCUGCCUUGUUACUUAGAUUAUGAGAAAUUUGCAAAAGAGAAAGGCAGAACACCCAAAGACGUUGAUGAAUAUAAUUGGUACAAACUAAUCUGGAAUAAGUGGUUUGAUGAAUUGUACCCUCCCAGUCCAUCAUUUAUUGAAGAUGGGGAGUCAUCAAGCAAAAAGGAAGAUGAAAUAAAGGAAAAAGAACUAUCUGACACAGUGAAUCCUCUUCUGUUAGGAGGGGAAACAGAUGAAAAUGAUAGGUGUCAAUCUGAAAUUGAUCGACUAACCCGAGAGAUAAAUGAAGGAUUUUCUUCUGCAUUCAACUAUUGUAGGCGUGGAGCAAUCUAUAGGAAACAAGGCAAAUUGCAGGCAGCUAUGGAUGACUUAGAAAAAGCAAUAAAUUUAGAACCAUCAUUGGUUGAUGCUUAUUGGCACAGGCAUUUAAUUUUCCUUUACCAAAACGAAACUCUUCUAGCACUGGAAGACCUGAAUUUUAUAAUUAAGUACAAUAAAACCCAUGCAGAUGCAUAUCUCUCAAGAGCAGAUAUAUACAGAAAGCAAGGAGAGAAUUCUUUAGCAAUUAUUAACUACACUCUUGCUGCAAGAAGCAGGCCUACAGAUGAUGAAAUAUAUUACAAGAGAGGUGAAGCCCAUGAAGAAGAAGGAGACCUACUAUUGGCAAUGGAGGAUUAUACCAGAUGUCUUUACUAUAAUCCGAGAAGAACAGAUGCACUUAUGAAGCAUGGAAUAUAUUCUUUCAACAAAUCUUCUUGGAUUGCAGCUGUUAAUGAUUUUACAACUGUGGUUGAAGAAGAUCCAAACCAUGCUGAGGCAAGGACCUAUCGUGGAAGAACAUAUCUGCAACUAGGGAAAUAUGACAAGGCAGCUGAAGACUUGUGUGCUGCAAUUCAUUUGAAUCCUUGUAAUUGGAUUGCCUACUACUACAGAGGCUGCAUUUUGCGAAAGCUGAAUCCAAAACAAGCCUUACAGGACUUCAGUGUUUCCGUUCUUCUCAAUUACAGCUAUGACAAUCUUGGUGCGUUCCUUCACCGUGGAAUCUUGUAUGCAGAACUGAAAGAAUGGGCAUUGGCAAUAUGCGAUUUUGAAAGUGCAUUAGAAUUGGACAGGACUCUUACAACAGCUUAUAUAAACAUUGGAGUGAUUAUGAUGUUGCAUCUGGAUCAUUUUUUUGAAUCUAUUCGACAGUUCACUCGUGCCAUUCAGGUUGAUCCCCUAGAUAUUAGACCUUACUUGUGCAGAGCUCAAGCAUAUCACAAGAUUCAUGACUUAAAAUAUGCAGUUAGAGAUAUAAACAGAGCCAUUCAUCUCUACCCCAACUCAGCCCACUUAUGCUUAACAAGAGGACAAUAUUUACUGGAUAUGAAGAAGUUUGAACUUGCAAGCUUCUGCAUAUAUCAAGUUGCAGAAAUGGAUAAAGGAUUCCUUGAAUGUUCCCUUGUUCAAGAAGCACUUGUUCAGUCAUUUUGUCAGAAUCAUAACAAGGCUAUUGAGUGUGCUCAAGCUGCUGCCAAAAAGCAGCCUGAACCUCCCAUGUUUGUUCUUCUCGGAAAAAUCCAAAUGAAAGCCAAAAAACACAAGGCAUGUGAGGCUUUUACUUCAGCUGUCAAGCUAUAUCCACGUUAUGCAGAUGCGUAUUAUCAGCGUGGGCUCUGCAGAAUGUACCUCCAACGAGCUAAAAGCAUAUUAGAUUUCAACAAAACGCUUGCUGUCGCACCAAACCAUUUUCAGGCAUAUUUAAGCCGUGCUGCUUAUUAUGGGAGCAAAGGAAGAUUCUCUAAGGCAAUAAUGAAUUGUACAGAAGCCAUCAAAAUACAGCCGAAAAGCGUGAGAGCCUACCUGUACAGAGGAGCACUGAAAUGUUAUAACAAGACUUACAAACAUGCUGUUCAAGAUUUAACUAAAUCUAUAGAAUUUGAUAAUACAUGCGUGCUGGCAUAUUACAACAGGGCAAUUUCCUAUCACUUACUGAAGGACUACAAAAAUGCGUUAAAAGAUUAUGGGGUUGUUCUUCUCCUUGAGGCAAACAAGGACAUUGUCUUGAAAGUCCUGAUCAACCGUGGACUCGUCUAUAUAGAAUUGGAACAAUAUAUGGAUGCACUAGAGGAUAUUACAGAGGCAAUGCUGAGUAAACCAAAAGACAGUCAACUAUUAAAAGCUAUUGGGCAGUGCUACCACAGACUUCAGAAAUAUGAGGAAGCCGUGCAGUCAUUUUCUGAGGUUAUUAAAAUAGAUCCUUUUUCUCUGGAUGGCUACAUUGGACGAGGAAAUUCAUAUAUGGAAUAUGGUCACAUAGAAGGCACUCAGCAAGCCCAGAAGGACUUCUUGAUAGCAAUACACAUGAAUCCAAUUUCUGUGAAGGCCCGACUUUGUUUGGGAUAUAAUUUGCAGGCUCUUGGAAAGUUUCAAAAAGCUUGGGCCCAGUUUACAGCAGCCAUUCUUAUUGAUCCAAAAUGUCACAUUGCUUACGAUGGGAGAGCUAUAGUCUGUCUUCAGAUGAGCGAUACCUUUGCUGCUUUUCAGGAUACAAAUGCUGCAUUGAAGAUCAUUACCAGUGCAGAAUUGCUUACAAACCGAGGUGUCAUUAACCAAUUUAUGGGAUAUUUAAAUUGUGCCAUGACAGACUAUCAGCAGGCUAUCACUGUUGACCCCAACUAUGCCUUGGCAUAUUUCAAUGCAGCAAAUAUCUACUUUCUUAACAGGCAGUUUGUACAGGCAAAUAACUACUAUUCCAAGGCACUGACACUUGAUCCUAAAAACGAAUCUGCAUUCCUCAAUCGUGCUAUUACUAAUACUCUGCUAAGGAAAUUUGAACAAGCAAAAGCAGAUUUUGAGAAUGCAAUUUGCCUCUCCCCUUUUUGUGCAGCAAUAUAUUUUAACAAGGCAAAUCUCCACAAAACCUUACAGCAAUAUGAGCAAGCUGAAGAGGACAUUUCAAAAGCACUCUCAAUUCAACCUUAUGAUUCCCUGAUGUAUAAGCUCAGAGCUGAUAUUCGUGGCAAAAUGGGUUUAAUUAAAGAAGCAAUUGCUGAUUACAGAAAAGCUAUCAGUAUCCAAGAACUUAUCAGUACUGGGUGAAAAGGUAUCUUUCAAUACAACAUAAGGGCUUUCAUUACAAGGACUUUUAUUAGUUCAUGUUGAACAUCAUCUGUAUUUUGCUGCUAUGUAGAGAAUAUACUAAUCUAGUUAUUUUUUGUCAUGGGGUUUAAAUUGUAUGUAUAGUUCUGUAUUUAUCUUGUUUGCACAGUUCAGUAGUGAAUAUUACAUAAAAUGAAUGCAAAUACCGUAGUUUGUAUUCUGAAAUUAAUAUUUAUUGUACAACUUUCUGCAUUUCAAGUGGGAUUAAAGUCAGUGCAUAAAUGUUUAAUUAACAAAUAAAAAUAGGAAUCACUUCAA